GCAAGGAAAAUAUUAUGGCGGAUCUCAAGCAAUUUAUUUUCGCAGUGAGAUUAACUGUAUAAAUAUUAGAAAACAGUGAAUACAGGGAACAAGGUAAACUUUUAGUUUUAAUUCUAAGGAAACUGAUAGGUUAGUGUGAACGUUAAGGAUCUAAAAGUGAACGCUGAAGAACCAUAAAGUGUUAAUUCUAAGGAACCAUAGAGUGUGAACGCUAAGGACCUGUAUCGUGUGAACACUCUAAGGAACCAUUAAGUGUUAAUGCUAAGGAAGCUGAAUGUACAAGGAAGUGUUAAAUAUGUAAAGUAAAACAAUGAUUGUGCGUUAUAAACAAUCCUUUACUAACUGAAUUUAUAUUUAAACUCCACUAUGAACACUGAUGUACGACUGUGAACAGUGAACGGCUAUGUAAUGAACAAAUACGAAAUUUUGGGAGUUGUUGGGGAAGGUGCCUAUGGAGUUGUAUUACGUUGUAGACACAGGGAAUCAGGUGAAAUGUGUGCAAUAAAGAAAUUUAAAGACAGUGAAGAAAAUGAUGACGUAAGAAGAACAACAUUAAGAGAGUUAAAAAUGUUACGAACAUUAAAACAGGAGAAUAUUGUUGAUUUACGUGAGGCGUUUAGAAGAAAAGGAAAAUUAUAUUUAGUCUUUGAAUACAUGGAAAGGAAUAUGUUAGAACUAUUAGAAGAACAACCACAUGGUGUGGCUCUAGAGAAAGUACGAAGCUAUAUUUACCAGCUGUGUAACGCCAUCUAUUGGUGUCAUUCUAAUGGUGUCAUACAUAGAGAUAUCAAACCAGAGAAUCUAUUAAUUGGUAAGAAUGAUGUAUUAAAACUGUGUGAUUUUGGGUUUGCUAGAAGUAUUAGUACUAAUCCUAAUGGUAUUUAUACUGACUAUGUAGCUACUAGAUGGUACCGUUCUCCAGAGCUCUUACUAGGAGCACCAUAUGGUAAAGCAGUAGAUAUUUGGGCUAUAGGUUGUAUAAUGGGUGAACUGAGUGAUGGCCAGCCAUUAUUUCCAGGAGAAUCAGAAAUAGACCAACUCUACGUCAUUCAGAAAAUCAUCGGACCUCUACCUCCAGAACAAAUGAAUAUGUUCUAUAAAAAUCCCAGAUUCUCAGGAUUAAAGGUAAGAUUGAUAUCAAUGGACCUGCAGACUGAGAAAGGUUAUAUUGCAUAG